AUCCAGAGAUCGAGGUCAAGACUGAAGACUCAUCUGAACCUGAAACUGAAGACUUUCAUGAUGUUUGGAAGAGGAACAGAAAACAUGAGUCAGAUUUAAAUGAUAAGAGAACAAAGACACACUGCUGCUCUGAGUGUGGGAAAACAUUUCAAAGGAAAUGGAAUUUGACCACACACAUGAAGAACCACACUGAACAGAAACCCUUCAGCUGCUCUGAGUGUGGGAAAACAUUUCAAAGGAAAUGGAAUUUGACCACACACAUGAAGAACCACACUGAACAGAAACCCUUCAGCUGCUCUGAGUGUGGGAAAACAUUUUCCCGUAAAGGAUCUCUGUCCAGACACAUGAUUCUUCAUUCAGGAGAGAAACCCUUCAGUUGCUCCGUGUGUAGUAAAAGAUUUAAUCAAAAGCAUAUUCUGACACUCCACAUGGCUCAUCACAGAGGGGAGAAACCCUUCAACUGCAGCGUUUGUGACCAAAGAUUCUCUUGGCCUUUCCAGUUACAGAGACACACUCGUGUUGGCUGUCCUUCUUCAGAGACUCAUGAGAACCAAACUGAGCUAAACAGAGAAGCAGAAACAGGAGAGGACUGUGGAGGACCAGAACAAGCCAGGAACUCAGAUCCAGAGAGACGUUUACAAACACAGACUGAUGUCAAGACUGAAGACUCUUCUGAAGCUGAACCCAAAGUGUGUCAGAAUGUGAAGGACACAGGAGUACAUCAGUCAGGUGUGACCUCUGUGGACAGAGUUAAAGAUAAAGAGCCAUGCACUGACGAGAAGUCAAAUAGCUCCUCGAAAGCUAAUGUUUCCAUACACAUGACAACUCACAAGGGGGGAAAUGUCAUCAGCUGCUCAGAUUGUGGUAAAAUCUUUACCCAGAAAAGUAGCCUGAACAGACACAUGAUGAGUCACAGAGGAGAGAAACCGUUUGUUUGUUCUGAGUGUGGGAAAAGUUUCAGCCGAAGGUCUUAUCUGACAUCUCACAUGGGAAAUCAUGAUGAAGAGAAACUCUUCAGCUGCUCUGAGUGUGGUAGAAGAUUUAACUAUAGAGGAAGUCUAACUGCACAUAUGAUCACUCACAGAGGAGAGAAACCGUUCAGCUGCUCAGAGUGUGGGAAAAGAUUUAACAGUAAAGCAAAUAUGACCAGACACAUGAGAAUUCACACUGGAGAGAAACCCUUUGGCUGCUCUAUGUGUGUUAAAACAUUUAAACAGAAGUCUCAUCUGACAAUCCACAUGGCUCAUCACAGAGGGGAGAAACCCUUCAGCUGCACCGUUUGUGACAAGAGAUUCAUUUGGACUUUUCAGUUAAAAAGACACAAGUGUGUUGGUGGUCAGGCUUCAGAACCCAAUCAAAUCCAAACUGAGCUAAACAGAGAGGCAGAAACAGGAGCUGAUGGAGAGGACUGUGGAGGAUCAGAACAAGUCACCAACUCAAAUUCAGAGAGACAUUUACAUCCAGAGAUUGAGGUCAAGACUGAGGACUUUUCUGAACCUGAGACUGAUGACAGUGAUGAUUGGAAGGAGAGCAGAGAACAUGAGUCAGGUUUAAACUCUGUGGACAACAUGAACGAUAAGAGAAGAAAGACACACAGCUGCUCUGAGUGUGGUAAAACAUUCAUAAGGAAAGGGCAUCUGACGUCACACAUCAAAAUUCACACAGGAGAGAGACCAUUCUGCUGCUCUAAAUGUAUCAAAAGAUUCAGCUGUAAAGGAGCUCUGCACAGACACAUGAUGAGUCACAGAGCGGGGAAAGCCUUCAGGUGUUUGAAGUGUGGCAAAAGAUUCAGUCAGAAGAGAUAUCUGAGCAGACACCUGACGUGUCAUACCUGGAGAAAAUUAUUCAGCUCCUCUGAGUGUGGAAAAUCAUUUCACCAAAAGUGUCAUCUGAAAGUUCACAUAGCUCAUAACCGAGGGGAGAAACCCUUCAGCUGCACUGACUGUGACAAAACCUUCUUUUGGCCCUUUCAGUUAAAAAAACACAAGUGUGCUGGCCGUCAGGCUUCAGGGCGUCAGAGACCAGAAACAGGAAGUGAUGGAAAUGUUUGUGGAGAACCAGAAGAAGACAGGAUCUAAGACGAAGAGAGACAAUGACAUCCAGAGACUGAAAGUAGAGACUCCUCUGACUGUGAGACUAAACACAGCC